GGUGACUGGUUUCCACAACAAUGCCCCUCAAUUCCGGUUUGUGCAAUGGCGAAAUGUGGUUUUGAGCAUCGAUACAGACAAAUCCAAUGAAGAAGACCUCUUAAAUGCAGUGGCACAAGCAUAGCUUAUCAUCGAACCACUGGGCUACCUUCUCACAGAGUACACAAGCUCUGACACAUCUUGAGUGCCUGGUCAUUAUGUACUAUUUUGGGAGCUCAUUAAAACGAGAACAAACAGUGAUGAUCUCCAAGAACUUGAAGAUGAUCUUGAUCGAGCGAUAAUGGAGCAAUGCUGCUCAAAGGUGGAGGAAUCAUUGGACUAUGUAUAUAGGAGGUGCAGAAAAAAGGAUAAUUCAAUAGGGGCAUUGGAGAUUAGGGUGGUGAAGCAUGGGACAUUUGAUUCAUUGAUGGAUUUUUGUGUUUCAAAAGCCUCUGUGAAUCAAUACAAGACUCCGAGGUGCAUCAAAUCUGAGGAAGCCAUUCAAAUAUUGGAUUCAAGGGUGGUGGGAAGAUUUUUCAGUAAAAAAGUUCCUUUCUGGGAGCCCUUUAAUAUCCAAACUAGCUAAUUAAAUACUGAACCAUUAGCCAGCAAUGUGGGUAUAUGUUCCAGUCAGGGGGUUGAUUUUCUGCAUUGAGAUGCCUCUAGUCAUUACUCGUUUGCAUUUGACUUUGUAAAAGCUCUUGUUUUAUCACUUAUGUUUUUCUCAUUCUUCUUCUUCUUCUUCUGUCCUUUUUGGACACUUGUGUAUGCUUGAUUUGUACUGAAAUUAGACUACCUGAGGAGUGAGGUUUGUUAUC